AUGAAGGUCUUCUCCUCAACAUGCAACUUUGAGUACUCUUGGGACGAGGUCUCCACAGCCAACUGGAGAAAAUAUUGCCCAUGGAAUGACAAGGCGACUCAUGUCGUCGGUGUCGACACUCUCUCUCGCACGAUCGACCCUCAGACUGGAAUCCUUCGCACUGAGCGUCUCAUUACCUGCAACCAGUCGGUCCCCUCCUGGGUUUCCUCUCUCUUCGGCGGCGAUGCUGUCUCCCAUGUCUACGAGAUCUCCUAUGUCGAUCCCCAGGCCAAGAAGGUGACCAUGUGCUCCACCAACUUGACGUGGUCAAAUGUCCUCAAUGUUCGCGAGACGGUCGUCUAUCAGCCAUCUCCCCUCGCUCCCAACACCACCACGCAGUUCACCCAGGAGGCCAAGAUCACUGCCCUCUGCGGUGGUUGGCAAAAGAUCAAAAACAAGGUUGAGGAAGCCAGCGUGGAGCGUUUCCGUGAGAACGCCAAGCGAGGUCGUGAGGGCUUCGAGACCGUCCUGGAGAUGAGCCGUCGGGUCUUUGGCGAACAGCGCGAGCUGGAGAACCAGCGUGCGCAGGCCUAA